UAACUGCAUGGCUGUCCCAGCAUCUUCAUAGAUUCAUUUCAAUUCUUGCAUUGUCUUCAUCUUCAUUUUGGUCUGAUAGCCUAUGAGGGUGUAGGAAUCUCUGAGCAUAGAGACAUCACAGCUAGAUUUUUUCUCUUCGCUGUCCAAAAUUUGACCAAAAAAGUCACUCCUAGACCCAGUUAAUCAUUUCUCUCAAGUCAGGAAACUAUAUAGUACAAAUUUAGCCCUUUAAAAUUAUCAGCAGUAACAUGCAGGUGAGCUAGCUUCCGUAUAUUUUUAUGACAGAAACAUCAAGCAGUGGAAUCAUCCCUCAUGCUGAAUUUGUUCUGCUUACAUGUAUAUAUUACAGAUCCUUCAAUGGCUUCAGAAAGUAACUCGCGAGCCUCCGAGACACACAGAUUAUUGUUUCACCGGCAACAAGAAGGAAGGUCUAAAGGGUGAUCAGGGAGUAAAAUCCAAAGACACGGCGUUGUUGUCGAAGAAUCCUAAAAUAAAACGAAGACGGAAAAAGGCAGAGCAAACAGAUUUAGCUUGCAAGAACUUGAGUCCUUUCAAGCUUUUACGUAAAAAGGGCAUUGCUAAGGCCUGCUUCUAUUGCACUCUGAAUUUGAAGAAGGUUGGCGGCUGCCAUAAGAGGCAGCAAUUUGUAAAUUCCAUGAAGAUGAAAAAAGAAGACCUUGCUAGGGGAUUAGGGGUGAUCAGUAAUCACAAGGCUGAGAAUAAGGUUCUGCCGAUCAGCGAUCAGAACACUGCAUCAUCUUCUUCAACUAAUGACGCUGAUCAUCGAUGCGCUAGUACUACUGCAGAAAAGAAAGAAAAAACUAACAAGGGAGACAAAGCCAAAACACUUUCCAAGAUGAAGGAGCUUUUGAGAUGGGCUGCUGCUGCCAAGGUUGAGAAGGGAGGAAAAUAUAUUAGCCGCAAGGUUUUACACUUCAGAAAUAAAGCAGCCCUUAAAGCAGUUCCGGACGAUGAUCAACUUAGCAAUGACUCUCCCAAAAUUAGUUUUAGAUGGGAGGUAGAGAGUUGCUCCACCACUUCUUCUGCCUAUUCUGCAAUUUCAUCAAUCGCUUCAUCGUCAAAGAACUUUGAUCAAACGUCAACUACUCAGCUACUGUCGACUCCCCUCCACAACUUUGAUCUUUCUGUUGUCAGGCCGGGAAAUUGGAUCACCACAGAUUCUGAAUUCGUGGUGCUCGAGUUAUGAAGAUUACUAUCUCUAAAACUGGGUCGGAGAUUGUUGGAUUGAUUCAACAGUGGGAAGAACAAUUGGAUUCGAACUAUCGCCCACUGAACGCACGUCAGUUUGAUCAGCGUCCGGUGGUCGUAAAGGAAAGAGGAGUUAGAUACGGCACUGAUGCAAUGCAGCAAAAUGUAAUUCUUUAAAGUGGACUUGUGGUGAUCAAUAUUUGAACCACUUUUUUAACUUGUAUCUCAGGAUUAACUCUUGUACAAAGAGUGAAAUUUUCCCAAUCUAUUACUAAUGAAUUUCAGAUCAA